AUGGACGGCGGAUACAACAACUACAAUUCAUUCGGCGGCGGUGGCGGCGGAGGCUUCAUGCCAGGCGAGACGAACAGCCCUGCAGGAGGAAAGACCGGAGACAGGGACAACAAAACCCUGCGACCUGUAACAAUCAAACAAAUCCUGGACGCCUCUCAACCCUUCCCAGAAGCCCCCUUCCAGGUGGACAACGCAGACGUAGCAAACGUCCUCUUCAUCGGCCAAGUCCGCAACAUCAGCAGCCAGAGCACAAACAUAACGUACAAGAUCGACGACGGCACCGGCGAAAUCGAAGUCAAGAAAUGGGUCGACUCCACCACGGCCGAUAACAUGGACACGGAUGACGGCAAAGCGCCCGGCGAUGGCAAGAGCGAGCUCGAGGUGAACGGGUAUGCGCGCGUCUUCGGCUCAGUCAAGUCUUUUGGCAAUAAGCGGUACAUUGGCGCGCACAGUGUGCGGCCCUUGUCUGAUAUUAAUGAGUUGCAUGCUCAUUUGCUGGAGGCUACUGCUGUUCAUUUGUUCUUUACUCGUGGUCCGCCUGGUGGGGCUGCGCCUGCUGGUGGUGCGGCUGGGGCUGGGGGUGAUGCUGUUAUGGGUGGUGCGGAUGAUUAUGGUGCUGGGCAGAAUAAGGCUCUUGCUUCUAUGGGGCCUGUUGCUAAGAAGAUUUACUCGCUGCUUCGGAAUGAGCCGCAGGAUGAUACCGGUGUGCAUAUGCAGGUUAUUGCUGCUAAGCUUAACAUUCCUGCUAUGGAGGUUGCUAAGGCUGGUGAGGAGUUGCUUAGCACUGGUGUUAUCUUUUCUACUACGGAUGAACAGACAUGGGCUGUUCUUGAGUACUAG